AUGGGCAUUGUUGACUAUUUCAGUCGACCGCGUGGUCUUGAGGCCCAUGGUGGUGCUGACACACCCACUAUGGAGGCCCCAAAGGUCAUUGAACCUACUGUUAUUUCGAGCCCAGAGUCUUCUGGGGCAGUAACACCCGCACACAUGUUGCCGUCUCCGGCGGGAAGUGAAGAUCCGUUUAUUCUUGAAAAGAUUCCACACCAAUUUGGUCGCUUGGGUUCUUGGAGAGGAUCUCUAAUCUUGCUUGUCACCUCUGGUUCUCAAUUCCUUGACAAUGUGUUCAUGACCAGUGCCAACAUUGCUUUGUCUUCAAUCCAAAAAGAUUUCGAAGUUUCCGGUACCGAUUUGCAAUGGAUGAUCUCCGCAUACACAUUAUCAUUUGGCGGUUUCCUUUUACUUGCUGGUGCUUUAUCUGAUCGUUACGGACGAAAGAAGAUUCUGUGCCUUGGUCUCGCCUGGCUAUCUAUCUGGACCCUGGCCAUUGGCUUUGGUCAGUCCUUCAUUCAACUCACAGUGUUCCGUGGAAUUCAAGGAAUAGGAGCUGCACUCACUGUGCCAUCUGCCAUUGGAAUCAUCAGUUCAUACUUUAGCGGUGUCGACCGUACCCGGGCUCUUUCUAUUUACGGCGCCUCUGGCACUCUCGGAUUCUGUACUGGUCUUAUCUUCGGUGGCUUCUUGACUUCUUCGCUGGGCUGGAGAUACAUUUUCUACCUGAUUGUCAUCAUCACCGGCUCUUUAGGAGUUUUGGGUUUCAUCGUUCUUCCCGCCGAUGUGCCUUCGAAGCAGAAGCAUGAGCGAAUGGACUACAUUGGAGCAGUGAUGUCGACAGCUGGUCUGAUUCUGCUUCAAUUCGUCCUCUCAAGUGGCGGAACUUACGGUUGGGACCAGCCUUUCAUUAUUGUUCUCUUGAUUGUGGCCGUUGGUCUUCUUGUUGGAUUCACUAUCCUUGAGAAGUACAUCAGCAAUCCGAUCAUGCCUCUCUCAUUGUGGAAGAUUCGCAAUUUUGCGGGUCUCUGGGUGAUUGGUUUCACUGGAUAUGGUACAUACCAAAAUGUCAUCUAUUACAUUGUGCUCAUUGCACAGGAAGUGGAUAAGCUCAACGCUGGCGACACCGCACUCCGCUUCCUGCCCAUGGGUGCAAUUGGAUUCAUCGUAUCUCUUGGAACCGGAAAGCUUCUUGAGUACAUGAAUGGAAAGCACCUCUUGAUCGCUGGGCUGGUUCUAGCUGUUGUUGCCCCCAUCUCCAGUGCUCUGACUUCGAGCCCUGAGUAUAGCUUCUGGGUUAAUGUUCUCCCCACAUCCUUGAUCAGCAUCUCAUCUGUGUCAUUCAUCUUUGUCACAACCAGCACGGUGGUGCUGACCAGCGUACCCGUCGAGGUGAAGAGUUUGGCUGGUGGAAUGCUGAACACUGCAUUCCAAAUCGGCUCUGGUGUCGCAUUGGCUAUCUCGGCUGCUGUCACCGAUGCUGUUGAUAUUCAGAAGGGACAUGGCCUUGCCGAACAAUAUGGUACUGGCCUCUGGUGCUCAGUCGGUCUUGCUGGACUUGGCCUGAUAAUCGGUCUCGUUGCCGUCCGCGAGAAGGGGAUCGGCCCCAAAGAUAGACUCGGUGCUGGUCCCAUAGCUGUUUGA